AUGCCAAAGAAAAACUCCACAGUUGUGGCUGAGUUCCUCUUUGAAGGUUUCGCCAGCUUUGAUUGGCAGCACAGGCUUGGCUUCUUUAUUGUGUUCCUAACAUUGUAUCUUCUGACUCUGAUUGGCAACGUGAUCAUUGUGACAAUUAUUUGUCUGGACCGACAUCUCCAAACACCCAUGUAUUUUUUUCUGAGCAUGCUCUCUAUCUCUGAGACUUUAUAUACCAUUGCCAUUAUCCCUCACAUGCUAGCUGGCCUCCUUAAUCCUCACCAGGUCAUAAAUUUCCAAGACUGUGCAGCCCAGCUCUUCUUUUAUCUAGCUUUUGGUAUCGACAGCUGUUUUCUCCUCACAACAAUGGGUUAUGACCGCUAUGUGGCCAUCUGCAAUCCUCUAAGGUAUUCAGUCAUCAUGAGUAAGAAGGCCUGUAUCCUCUUAGCAUCUGGGUCACUGGUAAUUGGCCUGAGCAUGUCUACUGUCCAGGUUACAUCAGUGUUUAGCCUACCAUUCUGUGAUGGCUUUGUUAUUGCCCACUUCUUCUGUGAUGUGAGACCCCUGCUGAAACUGGCCUGCACAGAUAGCACUAUCAAUGAAAUAAUCAACUUUGUUGUCAGCAUGUGUGUCCUUGUGUUACCUAUGGUUCUUGUCUUCAUCUCUUAUGUUGUUAUCAUCUCUACCAUCCUUAAGAUUGCCUCAGCCGAAGGUCGGAAGAAGGCCUUUGCCACCUGUGCCUCCCACCUCAUGGUGGUCACCAUCCACUAUGGCUGCACUGUAAUCAUCUACAUGAAACCUAAGUCCCAGAGCUUGCUGGGGCAGGAAAGGCUCAUCUCAGUGACCUACACACUUAUCACCCCUCUACUGAACCCUUUGGUAUACACUCUGCGGAAUAAGGAGGUCAAAGAUGCCCUACGCAGAGCCAUGUGGAAGAAGCCAUUUUCCUCUUAA